AUGACUGGAUCUGCUCCAGGAACUCUUACGUUUGAUUCAGAAAUUGAAAAGACUGCGAGAGCUAAUCGUAAAGAAACAAAGCUAAGGAAAAAACAGUCAACGGUGGUUGAGACUCAAAAAAAAGAAAAGACAACCUGGUUUUGCGGAAUAUGUGCUACCCUUGAAUAUACAACUGAUGCAUGUCCCAGUUUGAAUAAUGAUACUAUGGCUCAUUUAGAUGUUGUGGGAAAUUUUCCUAGGCCACCACAAGGGCGAUAUGACCCUUAUGCUAAUACCUACAACCCAGGAUGGAGGGAUCACCCUAACUUAAGUUAUGGGGCCAACCCACAAUUUAACCAGUCAAACCAAAAUCGGUUCCCACAACAGCCUCAAGAUUUAGGGAAUUCUCUAGAAACCAUGGUCAAUAAAUUAGCAGCCAAUGUCCUUGAUUUUCAACAGCAAACUCUUAAUUUCCAAAGAGAGACAAAGGAUUUCCAACAGAAAACCAAGGCAUUCAUAAGGGAGUUAACCAUAUCAAUUGAGAGAUUAAACCCUCAAGGGAAGUUGCCAUCACAAACAGAACCAAAUUCGAGGCAAAACGCAAAUACAGUGACACUGCGAAGUGGAAAGGUACUGGAACCAAUUCCUGGCAUAAAUCUUGGCCAAGAAAUCGCCCAAGAAAAACUUGAAAAUGACGAACAAGUCCGAGCGAAACCCCCACUGCCAAAAAUCCAACCUCCAUUCCCAGGACGAUUAAAUCUGUGUCAAAAAAGUAAGAAAGACAAAGAGAUCCUCGAAAUAUUCAGGAAUGUCGAGAUCAAUUUACCACUGCUGGAUGCCAUCAGACAGAUUCCGUGGUAUGCCAAGUUCCUCAAGGAGCUUUGCACCAACAAACGAAAACUAACAGGUAACGAAAAGUUAAGUGUUGGUGAGAAUGUAUCCAUAGUGCUACAGCGAAAAAUGCCAGUAAAAUGCAAAGAUAGGGGUGUUAUAAUUCAAUUGGCAGACAGGUCUGUUGUGCACCCCAAAGGAGUCUUUGAGGACAUACUGUUGGGCCGACCUUUUCUUAGUACUGCUAGCACUAAGAUCGACGUUCGAAGUGGAACUCUUACGAUGGAAUUUGAUGGGGAGAUCGUGAAGUUUAAUGCUCCAGAAUUGGAAUUGAAGCUGCUUCCCGAACAUCUUAAGUAUGCGUUUUUGGGGAAAAGUAAUACCCUACCAAUCAUAGUUUCCAACAAACUCUCUAAGCUCGAGGAAGAAAGUUUGAUCCAGGUACUAAAAAGUCAUAAGGACGCGAUUGGCUGGACCAUUGCCGAUUUGAAAGGAAUAAGCCCUUUGACAUGCACACACAGAAUCUACUUGGAGGAAAAUACAAAACCAAAGAGAGAAGCCCAAAGACAAUUAAACUCGAAUAUGAUGGAGGUGGUAAAAAAGGAGAUAAUCAAGCUGCUGGAUGCUGACAUAAUCUACCCCAUUUCUGACAGCAGAUGGGUAAGUCCGGUUCAAGUCGUACCUAAGAAAACGGGUGUGACAGUAAAUAAAAAUGCUGAAAGUGACUUGGUACCAACUCGAGUACAAAAUGGGUGGCGUGUCUGUAUUGAUUACAGGAAGUUGAACUCUUACACUAGAAAAGAUUAUUUCCCUCUUCCUUUUAUAGAUCAAAUGCUUGAACCUUUAUCAGGUAAAACUCACUUUUGUUGUCUUGAUGGAUACUCAGGUUUCUUCCAAAUUUCAGUCGCACCAGAGGAUCAGGAAAAGACCACUUUUACAUACACAUCCGACACUUUUGCAUACAGAAGGAUGCCAUUUGGACUUUGUAAUACACCAGCCACAUUCCAGAGAUGUAUGAUGAGUAUAGUUUCUGAAUAUGUGGAGAAAAUUAUUGAAGUUUUUAUGGAUGAUUUACUGUGUAUGGAAAUUGUUGAUAAGGCCAAAAUUGACAUUAUUAAUUCUUUGGCAUAUCCCUCCACUAUAAGGGAAAUUCGUUCUUUUCUUAGCCAUGCUGGAUUUUACAAGCGUUUCAUAAAAAACUUCUCAAAAGUGGCUGAACCAUUAUGCGAGUUAUUGCAAAAAGAUAGGAAAUUUGAGUUCGGCCCAAAAUGUAAGGAGGCUUUUGAUACACUCAAGCAGAAGUUGGUGACCGCUCCUAUAGUGCAAGCACCAGAUUGGAACUACCCUUUUGAAAUUAUGUGCGACGCAAGCGAACGCAGUGUGGGGGCCGUGUUAGGGAAAAAUAUAGACAAAGAGCCUCAUGUCAUUUGCUAUGCCUCAAAAACCCUAGAUUCUGCACAAACUCUUAUGUACUUGAUCGCAAAAAAGGAGGCGAAAUCAAGGCUCAUUAGAUGGAUUCUGCUGCUCAAAGAAUUUAACAUCGAAAUUCGAGAUAAAAAGGGAUGUGAAAACCUGGUGGCUGACCACUUGAGUAGGAUAAAAACUCCAUUUGAUGAUGUUACUAUAAAGGAUAAGUUCCUUGAUGAAAGCUUAUUUUCGACCGAAUCUUACUAUCCAUGGUAUGUGGAUAUAGUUAAUCCCUUAACCACAGGAUCGUUACUCACUGAGUUAGCACGUUCCGUAAAGGACAAGCUUAGACGGAAAGCUCGGUAUUACAUUUGGGACGACCAAUACUUGUGGAAACACUGUUCAGAUCAGAUAAUAAGACAAUGUGUUCCAGAAACCGAGGUAACCUCUAUCCUUACUUUUUGUCAUACAGAAGCUUGUGGAGGUCACUUCGGCCCUAAACGAACAACUCACAAGGUAACUUCACUAAAUGAAAUCAAAUGCCCCCAUCCCCAAUUUAUGUAUGUGAGAUUUUUGAUGUAUGGGGCAUCGAUUUCAUGGGCCCCUUUAUUUCUUCAUUUGGAAACGUUUGGCACACCUCGAGCUUUGAUCAGUGAUCGUGGUACCCACUUUUGCAACAAGGUCAUAGAGGCAUUAAUAUCAAAAUAUAGAGUUCAUCAUCGUAUAACAACAGCCUACCAUGCCAACCGAAAGGAUUGGAGUCUUUGGCUCAAUAACGCGCUUUGGGCCUAUCGGACGGUGUAUAAGAGCCCGAUUGGCAUGACCCCGUAUCGACUUGUUUUUGGAAAAGCAUGUCAUCUACCAGUAGAACUGGAGCACAAAGCUUAUUGGGCUAUUCGACAAUGUAACAUGGAGUUAAAGCCUGUAGGGAAGGCAAGAAAAUUGGACAUUCAAGAGUUGGAGGAAAUUCAUAAUGAUGCCUAUGAGAUUGCUCGCAUUUAUAAAGACAAAACAAAACUAUUUCAUGAUAGGAAAAUAGGUCAGAAGCAUUUUUCGGUAGGGUAA